AUGAACAAAGCCAUCUUUGCUUACCGCAGAAGCAAGGGUAACCUUUCAGAGCUGCUCAAUUACAUCAGCUUUUGGCAGAAGACAUUCAAGGUCAUCGGGGGCAAGUUUGGAACCAGCGUCCUGUCCUAUUUCAGCUUCCUGAGGUGGCUUUUGAAGUUCAACAUCUUCUCCUUUGUCAUGAACUUCAGCUUCAUCAUCAUCCCGCAGUUCACCGUGGCCGAGAAGAACACCCUCCAGUUCACUGGGUUGGAGUUUUUCACAGGGGCGGGCUAUUUUAGGGACACAGUGAUGUAUUAUGGGUUUUACACCAACUCUACAAUCCAACAUGGGACAAGCGGACCAUUCUACAACAUGCAGCUGGCCUACAUCUUCACAAUCGGAGCCUGUCUGGUCGUCUGCUUCUUCAGUCUGCUCUUCAGCAUGGCCAAGUACUUCCGGAACAACUUCAUCAACCCCCAUAUUUACUCCAGAGGGAUUGCUAAGCUUGUCUUUUGCUGGGACUUCACUGUCACCCAUGAAAAAGCUGUGAAGCUAAAACAGAAGAAUCUGAGUACAGAGAUCAGGGAGAACCUGUCUGAGAUCCGCCAGGAGAAUAACAGACUCACACUCAACCAGCAGCUGACCCAAUUUUCUGCUCAUGUAGCUGCCUGGCUGGUCUCUACUGGAGUGGCUGCAGCCUGCUGUCUAGCUGUGUACUACUUGGCAGAGUACAACUCUGAGUUCUUGAAGACGCACAGGAACCCUGGGGCAGUGCUGUUACUGCCAUUUGUUGUGUCCUGCAUCAACCUGGUUGUGCCUCGCUUCUACUCCAUGUUCCGACUAGUGGAGAGGUACGAGGUACCAAGACAGGAAGUCUACAUCCUCCUGAUCCGAAACAUUCUUCUGAAGAUCUCCAUCGUUGGAAUUCUUUGUUACUAUUGGCUCAACAUCGUGGCCCUGUCUGGCGAAGAGUGCUGGGAGACCCUCAUUGGUCAGGACAUCUACCGGCUUCUUCUCAUGGACUUCGUGUUCUCAUUGGCUGAUUCCUUACUGGGGGAGUUCCUAAGGAGGUUCAUUGGGACGAAAUUCAUCACAAGUCUCAGCCUACAGGAGUUUGACAUUGCCAGGAAUGUUCUAGAACUUAUCUAUGCACAAACACUGACCUGGCUUGGAAUUUUCUUCUGCCCUCUGCUGCCCUUUAUCCAAAUGAUCACUCUCUUCAUUAUGUUCUAUGUCAAAAAUAUCAGCCUGAUGAUGAACUUCCAACCUCCAAGCAAGGCCUGGCGGGCCUCGCAGAUGAUAACAUUCUUCAUCUUCUUGCUCUUCUUCCCGUCCUUCACGGGAGUGCUGUGCUCCCUGGCCAUCACCAUCUGGAGAUUGAAACCUUCAGCGGACUGUGGUCCCUUCCGAGGUUUGCCUUCCUUCAUUGAGUCCAUCUACAGCUGGAUCGAUACCCUAAGCAGAAGGUCUGGCUACCUGUGGGUCGUCUGGAUCUACCAGAACCUCAUCGGAAGUGUGCACUUCUUUUUCAUCCUCACCCUCAUUGUGUUCAGCAGCUGUUAUUGGUGCUUUAGAAUGGAGGGCAAAGAUAAGAUGUUCCUGAUAGAAAAACUGACCAAGCUACAGGAUAUGGAGAAGAGAGCCAACCCCAGUGCACUUAUCCUGGAAAGGAGAGAGGUGGAGAAACAAAGCCCUUUGCAUUUGGAGGAACUCAGUGCUGCUCAUGACCUGCGAUUGAGGCGAUCAAUGCAUGAAGAGAAUCCAGAAGUCUGA